AUGUGGUUAACAACAAUUCUAACAUUACUUAUCUUUGUUGAAUGUGUUGCAGUUGUGUAUGUACCAUCCUUUGCAGAGAACAAAUUAUCAAAAUUGAAAAAAAAUAAAUUUCUAAGCAUUACAAAUUUGGAAAAUGUUGCAAGUGGAGCAAUAUUGGCCUUAGCUUUUAUACAUAUGUUACCAGAAGUUAUAAUUUUAUUAAACAAAAAAAAUAUUAACCUAUAUUACACUUUUACUUUAAUACUUGUAUCAAUAACAUUUCUGAAUAUAACAGAUAUACUAUAUGACCACCAUGCUGAAAAUAGUUUUGAUUUUGACGAUACACAAGAUUAUGAAGAUAAGAAUAAUACCAUUAAAAAAGUAAACGAGAAAACAAAUGAUACAAAUUGUGUAUCCAUGGAUAUAAAUGAAACUAAGGAUCUAGAAUUAAGAUCACUAGAUGUUAAAGAUAAAAAUAACAGUUGCAAAAGUUUGCUUAUGGGUAGCUUAAAAGAUAAAAAUGCCGUUGUAAUCGUAGGACUCUCCAUGUUAGCUCAUAAAUGGGCAGAAUGUUUGAUUGUUUACAAGAAUGUUGUUAACAAAACAGAAAAUACUUUUUUAUCGAGCAUAUAUGCGUGGUCAUUUAUAUUAUCUUUACCUUUAGGAGUUUUUAUUGCAAUAUUUUCGUUUCCAUCAAACGAAUUUGUGGAAAUAAUUUUUAGCUCAAUUGCUUGUGGGUUUUUUCUGUAUCUCUCCUUCAAUAUGACCAAGGAUAUCAAGAUAACGAAAAGUAACAAAUAUUAUAUAUCUUUUAGUUAUUUCCUAGGAGUUUGUAGCAUGUCAACGUUGAUGAUAAUAUUUAAUUUUUUUGAAAAUUCAAAUGUGGUUUAA